UUCUGAAAUGUACAAAUAGCAGGAUUAAAUCUAUGAAGUGUAGUAUUAACGGAGAGAGAGAGAUUCUUCCUAGUUGUAAAUUAUGGAGAUAUGGCUACAUGGAGAAUACCCUAACAAUUUUUUUCUUUUUUCUUGGCAAGCGUUCGUUGCUCGGAUUAUUACUUUCUGAUGUCGAUUUCGUUUUAUUGAAGUAACACAACAGUUUCAAAUAUAAAUUGUUUAUGGAUCAAAGUGACAGCCUGGUACCUUAGCCGGCACGACUGAGUUUAGCGCAAUUGACAAGAUUUUUUUUUUUUUAGAACUAUCUACUUCUCUCGGAUCUUCGUGUGUAAUUUCUCAGGUGAUCGACGUGAAGGUACUCAUUUUAUCCCAGCCAAAAGAUAGAGUAGAAUCUCGUUGCACCUUAAAUAUUCAUCUAUGGCCGAAGUAGUAAUCAAUGUGUGAUUGAUUAUCGAUUGGCUCCACCGGUACAAUCAAGCAUCGGAUCAAAGAAUUGGGUACGGGAACUUCAUACGUACGUGGGUCAUAAUUUUCUGGAAUACUCAAUUGGUUCAAUCGAGGCAAAUGACUCGUCCCGAAAUGAAGGGUGCAGCCCCUUAUUGAAGCGAAACACCUAGGGUAUUACUAUGGAAACAUAUUACAGGUGCUCAUGCACCUUAGACAUUGAAUAGAACGGUUCGGAACAGUUUUACGGCUGCGACGAAAGAGUAAAGUCGUCCCUUAGUAUUUUAUUUGGGAUUUAUCCCUAUCAAUCAUCGACUUACAGAUUACGGUGACGUAUAUCGAUAUAAAGACAGUGCUGUUCGGUUUUUAAUACGUGCAUUUAAAUUUAGGUUACAGCUUCUUCAUCAAUUUUUACCUUACACGUGAUUGGUCCCGAGAUUAAUAGAUUCUUCUUUUCAUAAUGAAAUAAAAAUUACGUGACAUGUAUAAUUAAUUAUGCGUAGGUAUUUAAACGGUAUAAAAUGAUAGAAUAUCACACAUUUGGUUAGAAGUUUCACGUUGACGAAGAUCUGAAGUUUCUUUCCGUAUGGAAAACAAAGUUUAAGGAUGUCCCAUGGAAAAUCGGAAUUUAUUAAAGCACUGGUAAAGUUGAAGCAACAAGAGCUAAUUAUUGAGAAGGGAAUUAGCAGUUCUAUCGGCAGUAUUAAAAUCGAUUCCGAUAUUUUACAAAGUCUCGUUCAUUAUCAUGAGCAACUUGCUGCAGGAAGGCAAAAAAUACUGGAUAGCGUAAGGCGAACCACCUCGGAAAUCGUUGAUGAAUUAAAGUCGGCAAAGAUGGUAUUGAGCGAUCCUAAUGAAGUUCAAAAAUUAGAUGUUAUCUCGUAUCGGAUAAAAUUAUUCAAGAUAUCGAAAAGAAUUCAAGAGUUCAAAAAAUCGUGCCCAAUUGAUGCGUUGGAGGAACAACAAUUAGGAUUGGAGGCGGACAUAAAUGAAUAUUCAUCAGCAGCGAAUAAAUAUGACUUGAAAGACCCUGCGAGAAGAUUAUUGAUAUCUAAAGCAUACACUCGAAAUAAAAGUAACGUAAAAAAAUAUCCUGACUACCAUGAGAUUCAGGACUUCACGAGUCUAGUCGCCAAAACAGGACAUACCCAGAAUUGGUCCGAUGAAGACCAUUUAUUGUUCCUAAAAUUACGAAAAAAGCAGAAUAGCGUGCCUGCUUUGGUCGCUGCUAUUAAACAAAAAUGUCCAGAUUUAACUACGGAAUGCAUUGUUAAUCACGAAGCUUGGUACAAGUUGUAUCUAAAUUUGAGAGAGAAGCAGAAAAGUGCGAUUGAGAAAUGGAAGCGGCAGAAAUCGACGAAAAAGAGCCAAGAAAAUAACUUGAAAGAAAGGGAAUACGAAGAUAUUUCGCCGGAUGUCAAAGUCAAUUUAAAAUCAGAAAGUGAUAAGGACGAAGAAGAGAUUGAAGGUGAUGGGGUACAUAGGAAAACUUCGGUGAAAGAUGUUAAGCCGAAAAAGGUGGAAAAUAUGAAGCAAAGUAAGAAGGAGUCUAUUAAAAAAUGGAGGCUGGAAAAAGAGAAGCAGCGUUCAGCGGAUGAUGAACGAUUGAGACUAUUGUUAACAUCUAGGAAAACUUUUGAGGAAAAUCAAAGACAGGCCAGAGUGAAGAGGGUCCGAAAUAUCUUAAGCGAGUAUAAAACGCGAAAGUCGUUCGAGGUAGCAUUAUCAAAUUAUGAGAAAAACUUGGAAGACAUGCGCAAAAGUGUGCUACAGUCAGAGGCAGCCGAAAUGAUUAAAUAUUUUAGACAACAAGACCAGGAAUAUUUAAGGAAAAGACGCCAUCAAAUAAUGCGGUCAAGAAAUAAGAAUGAAGCGAACAUGUCUCACAGUUUGCCGCAUAAGAUCGAAGGAUCGAGAGAUCACUCCACUUUGUUGAAUACCACCAAAGUCUGGGAGGCAAAAUGUAAGAUUUACUUGCCAAUUACAAAGGAAAAUCGACAAGUCUUAUACAUAGGAAAUCUUCCUAAACGAUCUACCAACCAUUGGAGAAACGCAGAAACUAUUUAAUGUACAGAGAAACACAUUGAACUAAUGCUAUGUACUGUGUGGAAGAAGUGCUGGAAUUAUAUAUAACGGAAGAAGAGUAUUACGAAAACCCGCAUGAAAUAUAAUAAACAUUUUUUCAUAUAAAUAUCUGACAGAUCAAUAAAAAAAAAACAUCUAUGCGA